UCAAAAUCUGACCUGAGAGAACAUCACCUUGUUUAGAGCUUAUUCUAAAGCAAAGAUCUUUGCCUUGGUCUCUGUUACCUUCUGCAGACUCUGCUCCAUCAUGGAAGAUCCUCUGGGAUCAGGUCCCCAGCUGGUCCAGGAGUCUUAUGACACGGAACCCAUAGAUGUGGAUGUUUGGGAUGAACAGCAGAAGGUACAAGUAGAGGGCUAAAUCAAACCCUAACCACUAGAUAUGGACAUUUAGAAAGAGCUGGACCCAUCAUUUGAAACUUUAUUGAUCCGCAUGUUUCCAACAGUAGCUACAGAAUUUUAUUUUCCUUUCAGAUACGCUUUGUUUUUGUUUUCGUCCAUCAGGGUUUAUGAAGUUGUAAAGUUGGAACUUGUUUUAGAUGAAAACUUAACUUUGUGGCAAGAAUGAGUUUUCAGAUGAACCUCAGUGAAAGUGAGACAUUUAUGAGAAUUAAAGUAAUGCUGUGGUGGGGCCUAUGCCCGCCUGUCUCAUGUCUUUUGCAUCAUGUAAGACAUAAUUCUAUCCAACAGCAGUCCCUUGCUGCUGAGAUUCCCACUCUUCGGCCCCUCAACUCCCGUCCCUCCACACCUGCUCCGGACUUUCUCCUCCCCCUUGGUUUAAAGCCAGGACCCCAGCCUUCCUUUUCCACCUCAGACCUCCCGACCUGGAGUUUGGGAUCCAACCCUGAUCGUGUCCAGCAGGAUGCAGUCCCAGGAUGGGACUCGCCCCUUCGGUUCCAUGGCUAUCCUAUUGAAGAGUACCAAGCUAUUUACCACUCUGUGGUAGAUCCCAUGCUGAGAAAAAGAAAUGGCAAACGUCGUAAAUACAGCCAGAAGUUGGGAAGACAAAUAAAAAAGAGACUUUCGAAAAGACUGAGCCAUCCACAGCUGAAGGUGAGAGAGACAGUGGGUGGACUCCUUCUGAUUGAAGAGUCUAAAGCGGUGGCAAAGCUACCACAUCUGGAUGUUUCUGAUGAACCAAAAGUGAAUGUACCAAACUGCAGCGACACCCAACCAACAGCUGAAACAUCAGCAGCCGCAGUUUGAAACCCAGUGUUGUUUUAAUAAAAUUACUUUUUUCUUUGAGCA